UCGGAGAAAGGAAGGCUGCAGAGUAGAACGAUGGCUCUUUUUCUCUUUAUUGCUCUGCUGGCUGCAGUAGACGGCCAGAUUAUGCUACAGUUGAAGCACGAUGGACUCAAUCUGUCGAACAACUCCUUUAUUUACUCCCGUGAUAUUGGUCUUAGUUUUAACAGAUCUUUGAUGUGUGUGAGUGGAGGUGAUAAUUUUGUUGAUGGAGGCUGGAAAGAUCCCAUGGGCAACAGUGAAGAUAACCGGGUUAGUGGUGAUUGCCUGUUCUCUAAAAAACAUACUGAUCGAAGAAGAGUGACCACUCUACACCGCGAGAGGAGCUGUACUGACCACAAACUACCAGGACUGUGGAGAUGUGAUGCAUUUGAUUCCAGUCGAAAGAUGCAAACUCUCUACAUCUUUAUUGGUGGUAGAAGGUAUCCACCAGAUGGACAACUGAACAAGUCAGUGCCUAUGAACUUCACUCUACACACUGAGGCCAAUGCAAGUGUUCCUGAAUUCACUAUCUCCUGCCGUACUCAUGGAGGACCUGCCACAAACGUCACGUGGACAGAAAAUGGAACUUUAGUACAUAAAGACAGAUAUCAUGAGACCAGUAAGCUCAUACUGGACACAUCUAACUCUGUCUAUGACAACAGAUUGAGAGUGAGCGGAGUAAGAAAUGGAGAAUAUAAUUGUUCAAUCGAGAGCAAUAUCAGACAUUACCUACCCGGUGUAAAACCUCUUACAUUAAAGAACUCUACCACUAUCAAUGUUGCAGAAGAGUCCACUAGAAUGGCUACUCGACGAAGUAUUGUCACUCGCUCUGAGAAUAGGCCAUCUAAAUUGACAGAAGAAGACACUACUGCCAACCUUGACUAUGAUGACGUCAGUGAGACACUUCACACAUCAUCAUCUUGCCAGGAUAAGGAAGAAGGUGACAACAGUGCAGCAAUAGCUGGAGGUGUGGGUGGAGUGAUGUUUCUGAUCAUUGUGGGCCAGUCUGUGGCCAUUGUCGUCCUUCUCCUGAGGCAGAGAACUAUCAACCGAGUCAGGGUGUCUUGUAAGAAGCCUGAGACCUGGAGCAAGUCAGCCAUUACAAUGAGAGUGGAUCCAGAACAUGAUAAGAUGAUUGACCUGCAGAAAACUGGUGCACACCAGUGAGGCUCUUUGGAACACAAACUGCGAUAAUUAUACCCCAAAAUGACAACUUAAUCUGCAUAUAUAAUAGAUAAUGCGAUUUGACGGUGUUCGUGAUUGUACAAGUGUAUCAUUAUUUUAUAUUACUUGUGUAGCAUGUCCAGGAGAAAAUUAUGUUAGUAAUAAUUAUGUUAUGAAUGUUAGUACAGCACUU